UUUAUGUGAGCUGACAUCCUGCAUAAUGUUCUAUGCUCAUUUCGUUCUAAGUAAGAAAGGCCCCCUCGCUCGUAUUUGGCUUGCCGCUCAUUGGGACAAAAAAUUAACUAGAGCUCAUGUCUUUGAGACAAACAUAAGCUCCAGUGUCGAAGCGAUUCUUGAGCCUAAAUUGAAGAUGGCCCUCAGGACGUCUGGCCAUCUCCUAUUGGGCGUAGUUCGUAUAUACUCAAGAAAAGCAAAGUAUCUGCUUGCAGACUGCAAUGAGGCAUUUGUCAAAAUAAAAAUGGCUUUCAGACCAGGAGUCGUUGACCUGCCAGAUGAGGCCAAUCGGGAAGCUGCCAUAGCUGCUAUUACACUUCCAGAGAAUAUACAUGAAUUUGAGACCACAAUAGCUGAUUUAAAUGAGAUAAAUAUGAACACAAUUGCAAUCAACCAAAGUCGACCGGAGGAUAUCACGAUGCGUGACGAUUUUGGAGAAAUUAAUCUUGGACGGCAGGAUGAUGACUUUGGCGAUUCUACAUUUGAUGAUAUAUCCGGUCGUGAUGUUAUGCGUGACGACGAUGGACACUUUAGUGAUGCUAUUUAUGCGCGUUCAAGUGACAAAGCUCUAUCUAUAAGAAGAUCUGGGGAUACUCCUGAUCCCGAUGCUACUCUUGUGGAGGAUUCGGAAAAUAGGGAUAGGCGGGACAGACGUCCGCGUACUGGCCGAGAUAUGCUUAUUGAUGAUGAUGAUAAUGAUGAUAUCGGACCGACAUUUUUCGGUAAAAAAUGUUUUAUCCACUUAUCCGCCGCCGCGGAGGUGAUGACGACUCCGAUGGUGAUUUUGGAGGGGCGAUGA